AGUAGAAUACAGCGUUGCAGCUCCUCGUCCACCUGGCAUUACUCACUCACUCGCACCACAUUGACGGCCGCCGUGAGAAGACACACAUAAUAAAGAAAGCCAGCUGCACGUUGCUUUUCUGUCAAAGGACAUUCUACUAAGAAGCUACAAUGCGUGAAUGCAUCUCUGUGCACGUAGGCCAGGCUGGUGUCCAGAUGGGGAACACCUGCUGGGAGCUCUACUGUCUGGAACACGGCAUCCAGCCGGACGGCCAGAUGCCCGACCGCAAGGCCAUGGGAGGCCACGACGACUCCUUCACUACCUUCUUCAGUGAGACUGGGGCUCAGAAGUACGUCCCCAGGGCCAUCUUUGUUGACCUGGAACCAACGGUCAUUGAUGAGGUGCGCACAGGAACGUACCGUCAACUAUUCCACCCGGAACAGCUGAUCUCAGGCAAGGAAGAUGCAGCCAACAACUACGCCCGUGGACACUACACCAUCGGCAAAGAGACCAUUGACUCUGUCCUAGAUAGAAUCCGCAAACUGGCUGAUCAGUGCACAGGUCUUCAAGGUUUCCUCAUCUUCCAUUCCUUUGGUGGAGGCACUGGCUCAGGUUUCACCUCUCUGCUCAUGGAGAGACUUUCUGUUGACUUUGGCAAAAAGUCGAAGCUGGAAUUUGCCGUCUACCCGGCCCCCCAGGUCUCCACCGCAGUGGUGGAACCGUACAACGCCAUCCUGACCACCCACACCACGCUGGAGCACUCCGACUGU